AUGUCGCUAUUGUCUGCGCUGGUGCCCUUGCUCCGGGUGUACUGCAUCGGCCUCCGCGUCAUCCUGCACCAGCUGCGCCGCCGCUUCCAGCCGCGCUGCGCCCCGGCCUCAGUGCCUCCUGAGAUCUCGGUUCAGAGCCGCGCAGGCGCUCCCUCCCUCAGCCCAGUUUUCCCUACACAAAAUGGAAAGGUUGCUAUAGUGACUGGAGGCACUAAAGGAAUUGGUUACCAAACUGUGAAGCAUUUGGCAAGACUUGGCAUGCAUGUGAUAAUAGCUGGAAACAGUGAAAGUGAUGGCCAAGAAGCGGUGAGGAAAAUAAAAGAAGAAACUUUGACUGGAAAAGUGGAGUUUUUAUACUGUGAUUUGGCUUCUAUGAAGUCUAUACGGCAAUUUGUGCAGCAGUUUAGAGCAAAGAAUUGUCCACUCCAUGUCUUGGUGAAUAAUGCUGGGGUGAUGCUGGUCCCUGAAAGGAAGACGGAGGAUGGGUUUGAGGAGCACUUCGGCUUGAACUACUUGGGACACUUCCUGUUGACAAACCUCCUCCUGGAUACGCUGAAGCAAUCAGGAACGCACAGUCACAACGCUAGGAUCAUCACUGUCUCAUCAGCCACCCAUUAUGUAGGCAAAUUGCACCUAAACGACUUACAAAGCAGAUGUUCGUAUUCACCCCAUGGAGCCUAUGCCCAAAGCAAACUUGCCCUUGUGUUAUUUACCUAUCGACUACAGCAUCUUCUGACUGCAAAUGGAAGCCAUGUGACUGCUAAUGUAGUAGACCCUGGAGUAGUGAAUACUGAGCUCUACAAGCAUGUCUUUUGGGUUGUGAAAGUGGUCAAAUGGAUGACAGCCUGGCUAUUUUUCAAGACCCCAGAGGAAGGAGCUUCUACAACCAUCUAUGCAGCAGUAUCACCCGAGGUGGAAGGAGCUGGUGGCUGCUACCUUUACAAUGAGGAAAGGACAAAAUCAGCUGAUGUAGCAUAUGAUGAGGAGCUGCAGAGGAUGCUCUGGACAGAAAGCUGCAAGAUGGUUGGGAUUUCUGAUGAAGCCAACAGGCUGGAUAAAUGA